GGAGGGAGCUGAAUGAGAAAAUAUUCAAAUAGAGCAGGAGAGAGAGAGAGAAAGAGACCACCUCCCGGGGUCUGCAGUCGAAAGACGAGUUCAGGGCAAGACAUGCAUGAUGUGACUGAAUCCCAGUCUGAAGUCAAACCUUUGCAAGCUGAGAAAUGGAAAACAUCAUUAAUGGAUCUGAAUUUGUCAUUUUGGAGAAAGGUGUCACUAUAAUGGAUGUCGUUCAUCAGAAGAUCAAAGAGCAAAUGCUUAGGAAUGAAAUUGCGACAAUACUAGAUAUUGCUGUGCCGGCAGAGAGAAUCAUUUAUGCAAAUCCCUGCAAGGAGGUCUCUCAUCUUAAAUAUGCUGUCAGCCGUGGAAUGCAGAUGAUGACAUUUGAUAACAAAGACGAACUGCUCAAAGUUGCAAUGGUGUAUCCAACUGCCAAAAUGGUUCUGCGCAUUGCUGUAAAUGAUUUUACAUCCCAUUCGCCUUUGAGUGAAAAGUUUGGAGCAUCACUAAGUGAGUGCAGACUGCUAAUGGAAUAUGCAAAGGCUUUGAAUUUGGACAUCAUUGGUGUUAGUUUUCAUGUCGGAAGUUGCUGUACUGAUCCAAAGAUUUUUGCUCAGGCUAUAGCUGAUGCACGUGUUGUCUUUGAUAUUGGGAUUCAUCUUGGAUUUCAGAUGUAUUUACUUGAUAUUGGAGGUGGUUUUCCAGGAACUGGAGAAGACAAAGUUACAUUUGAAGAGGUAGCAGCCGAGAUCAAUCCUGCAUUGGACAUUUAUUUUCCUGACAAAACUGAAGUACAGAUAAUCGCUGAACCAGGCCGGUAUUAUGUGACCUCAUCUUUCACUCUGGUUGUGAAUAUCAUCGCUAGAAAAAUAAUUGAAAAUUCUCAAGCCAGCUCCAAUGAUGAGGAGGCCGGGAAUGAGAAGUCCAUGAUGUAUUAUUUAAAUGAUGGACUAUAUGGUUCUUUCAAUAACUUUGCAAAAUAUCGUGAACUAUUGAAGCCAACCCUCUUUGAAAAACACUCCCUUGACCAAAAGCUGUAUAACACCAGGAUUUGGGGACCCACCUGUGAUGCAUGGGAUCAUAUUUCCAAUACUUGGAAGCUGCCUGAACUGGAGAUUGGAGACUGGUUGCUCUUUCGAAACAAUGGUGCAUACACCAUCAGCACCUCAACCAUGUUCAAUGGCUUUCAUGCAGUCCCAACACACUAUGCAAUAUCAGAGGAUGCCUGGGAAACCCUUCAAAAUAUAAAGAGAGAAAUACAAUCUCCAGUGGAAGAACAGGAUGGUGUAGACCCUCAACAUCUGGUCAUCAGACAAUAACAUUUAGGUUCGAAGCAGCCAUUUGGUCCAUCAUGGCUGCUUUAAUACUUACUGCGAUCAUGAUUAAACGGAUAAUCCUUAACUCCAUUUGCCUGCUUUUUUCGUAAAAUCAUUGUCUCCCUUAUUGACUAAAAUUUGUCUUUCCCAGCCUUCAACACUCUUAAUGAUCCAGCCUGUGAUAAACAAUUCCACAAAUUCACUCCCCUUUGACAAAACAAAUUCCUCCUCAUCCCUGUCUUAAAUGUAUGUCCCAUAGUCUGAGAUUAUGCCCUGUUCCCAGAAUCUCCCACAAGGGAAAACAACCUUUUUACAUUUCCCGUGUCAAGUCUGCUAAAGAACUUUGUUUAAAUAAGGCUUCACUCCUUCUUCUAAUCCCCAAUAAGUACAGACUCAAUGUACUCAAACUGUGACCCCUCCAAACUUGCAAUAAAUUUAGUGAAUGUCUGCACUGCCUCCAAUGCCAUGGUAUAUUUCCUUAGAUAAGGGUAUCAAAACUGUUCAGAGUAUUCUAGGUGUGGUCUGCACUGUUUUAACAAGAAUUCUCUCUUUUGAAACAGUGAUGCAAAUC